AUCCUAUAUGACGUCCGUCGAGAUAUACACCUGCUAUCACUAGAACACUCAACUUUUCCCUACGAAUAUUAUCAUCUGAUGGCGCAUGCUCUCAUCUACGGCGCAUCCGGCAUUAGCGGGUGGUCUCUUCUGAACCAGACCAGAAUCUAUCCAACACCCACGACAUUCAGUCGCAUCACUGGCACCACCAGUCGUCCAUUUUCAUUAGAAAAGGCCCAGAUCCCACAAGAUGAAAGAAUCAAGAUUGCAUCAGGCAUUGACCUCACAAAGUCGGCCGAUCAAGUCGCUGCUGCAUUGAAAGAGAAGGUCGAAGACAUUUCCACUGUCACCCACGUCUUUUUCACAGCAUACAUUCAGGAAGAUGAUUUCGAGACUUUGAAGCAAACUAACACACGUCUGCUUGAGAAUGCUGUUCGUGCCAUCGAGCAAAUUGCACCGAACCUCAAGUCUAUCAUUCUCCAGACCGGAGGUAAAGGAUAUGGUCUCGAGUUUCCCAAGGAAGUCGGCAUCGCCGACCAUAUACCACUGAAGGAGUCAUGCCCGCGCAUCCCAGAGCCAUACGCCAGCAAGAUAUUCUACUACACUCAAUACGACCUUCUCAAGCAGUUGUCUGAGGGCAAAUCAUGGACUUUCUCGGAAGUACGUCCUGAUGGCGUAGUCGGCUUUGCACCUGGUACAAACGCCAUGAACAUGGCUCAAGGCAUUGCCAUCUACCUGGCAAUGUACAAGGAAGUUCAUGGAGCUGGCACAACGGUGCCUUUCCCAGGACACGAACACGGUUACAACUCAACUCACACCGAUACAUUUCAAGACAUCCUAUCUCAGAUGGAGAUCCAUGCCGCACUCAACACCGACAAGUGCGGUAAUGGCGGUGUCUUCAAUGUAGCCGAUGGCAAAGUCGUAACCUGGGCUCAAGUAUGGCCUCGCCUCUGCGAACGGUUCGGCCUCGUCGGUGGCAGUCCUCAAUCUGAUGCUACCCCAAUGCUCGAGUUUGUGAAGAACAACAAGAACGCAUGGGUCACUAUUGCGAAGAGACAUGGAUUGAAUGAGAAUCUUGUUUACGAGCAAGGCUGGGGACACACCAAUUUCAUGCUGGUGGACUUUGACUUUGAUCGACAGUAUGAUCUUUCACGCUCGCGUGAGGUUGGAUUCACAGAGUCUAUUGAUACUGCGGAAGGUUACUUCAGGGCUUGGGAGCGUAUGCAAAAGGCAAAGAUGAUUCCUCCUUUUGAGUAAGGAAUGAGUGUUAGGUCGUAAUGUAGCUAACAUGGAAGACAUCACCGAAUGACGAGCAUUCUAUUUGCAUGGAGAAAAUGAGGCUUUGACAGAGAUGAU